UAUAAGAUAAUUAACUAAAUUAUUAUCCUAUGUUUUAAGCUCGUGUAUUAAUAAAAACGUAUUUUUUUUUCUAUUUUGUCAAUUUUUUUGUGUUGGUGUCAUUGUGAUUGUCAAAACGCUGUCAUCUGACAAAACCCGUUCAGUCUGUGUGGUGUUGUUUGAAUCUAAACCGAUAUUUUUGUGAUAAUUUGUACAUUUCGAGUGGAAAAAGAUGUAUCAAAUCGGUGGUGAGAAGUCUUUAAGUUAAUUCAAUCAUAAUCAGCAAUAAUUGCAACGAAAAAUGCUUAAAUAAAUUCACCGUUGAAUAACUCACCCAUACAUGGCUUGUUAUUUGAAUGAAAAUGUUUAUACUCACACGUUUACCCCACGAGAGUAUCAAGUGGAGCUGCUGGACAGCGCGAAGAAGCGUAAUACAAUCGUAUGUUCGAGUGCGAGUUCGGCAAAAGCAUUUAUAAUAAUAAAACUGCUCCAAGAGUUCUCUCACAAGAUGAGGGUGUCUCGUGGAAAGCAGGCUUUGUUCGUGUUGGACGCCCAGAACGUCCCAAUAAUGACAUCACAUGUGAAAUUACUAACUGAUUUAACCGUCACGAGCAUAGAUAAAGAGGAAAAUCACCCAUCACUUAAGUCUAGUAAUGUGAUUGUUACCACAGCUGAAGUCUGUGUGUUUUUAUGUAAAAAGAGUUUUAUUCAUUUAGAUUGUUAUACUUUAAUAGUGAUAGACUGUCUAUACGGGGGACAGCAGUCGUUAGUUAGGGAAAUUAUGGCCCGAUAUCAGGGGAUCCAAGCCCCCAAACCUCGAAUUUUGGGCUUGACUGCCGGCCUUUUAGGCUCAGAGAUGCAACCCGAUCGUCUGGAGGCCGAAUUACAACGCUUAGAAAAAUUACUUAGUUCCUCGGUAGACACUUCUAGUGAAAUUCUCACGUUGAUACGCUUAUCUUGUCGCCCCCGUGAACGUAUAGUCGAAUGCUUUAAACCCAUUCCAAGCUCUUUACAAGACAAAAUCAAGGCUACGGUAACCUCCUGUCAGAAAUUCCUCAAAGACCACCGCUACGACCCUAGUGAAAUCUACGACGACGAAUUACUCGAAGAAUUCAAACAAGUCCCUGACCCUAAAGAACAACCCCUGAGUUUUUUCGACGACUUCCUUGAAAUUUUAGACGAUCUGGGCCCCUGGUCGGCCGAUCGAGCCGCCUAUGGAAUGCUUAUCAAGAUAGAAAAGCUCAAAGUAAAAGUACCUUACGAAAGACAUUAUUUAUUGUUGUGUGUUGCAUCAUCAGUAUUAGUUUCGAUAAGGGCUCUCUGUGAACUCGAAUUCCAAGACUACACAGAUAAGGAAAAAGUAUUUCGUUUCUCAACACCAAAAGUACUCAGAUUUCUCCAAGUUCUAAAGCAGUUCAAACCGACGGGAGAAAAACCGGAAACUUGCGACAAACUCCCUGACAUCAAAGAUGCCAAAAAGGGAAAAGGAAAAAACUACAAAGGGCCCCGAAGACCGUACAUUUCACGCACCCAAAGCGAAGACAUGUUGUGCGCACUCGUUUUUGUCAAAAAUCGCUACAAAGCGGAAGCCCUCUUCGCUUUAUUAUGUGUUAUGUCAAAAAGCGACGAGGAGUAUUGGUGGGUGUCGGUUUCCUUCUCCGUGAAUAAAAUCGCUGAUCCGGUGCGGGAGCCCCGCGAGGCUGAAUCCGAACAUAAACGUCAAGAGGAAGUUCUACGGAAAUAUCGAAGUCACGAAUGCAAUAUUAUGAUAGCAACAUCAGCACUAGAACAAGGCUGUGAUCUUCCUAAAUGUAAUUUAGUGAUACGUUUCGAUUUACCUCAGUCGUUUCAUAGUUACAUUCAUAGUAAAGCUCGAGCGCGUGCAAACGAAGCUUAUUUUCUCUUGUUAGCGAAUGAGAAUGAAGUUAGCGAUUUUGUUGAGAAUUUAGCCGAGUAUAACGAAGUCGAGAAUACUUUAUUGAAGAGGUGUUACAGUUUGGAACCUGAUAAGAAUGAGGAGUUGAUUGCUGAUGCUUCCUCACUGCAAUGUAGACCAUAUCAGCCUUUGGCCGAACCGGGGGCUAACUCAGUUAGCCUCUCUAAUGCUAUAGCUUUAGUUAAUCGGUAUUGUGCAAAAUUACCUAGCGAUACUUUUACUCGUUUAACACCAAUAUGGCAUGAAGAAAAACUCGAGAAUGGUUAUAUUUGUUCAAUUCGGUUACCUAUCAAUUCGCCGGUUAAGAAAACAGUGAUUAGUCCUCCAAUGAUUAAUACUUUAUUAGCACGAAGAGCUGCAGCUUUCAUGAUUUGUCAACUCCUACACAAAGCAGGGGAAUUAGAUGAUAAUUUACAACCUAUAGGCAAAGAAAAUUUCAAAGUGAAUGAAGAAGACUGGAAUAGUUUGGCUCUUGAAGAAUCAGAUGAAGAAAAUCUAGACCCUAGACCUGGUACUACAAAACGGCGACAAUACUACUAUAAAAAAGUUGCCGACGCUUUACUUGACUGUCAUCCAGUUAUCGGCCAACCGACUUACUUUUACAAAAUCGUCAUGAAACUGACUUGCCCUUUACCGGAAGAACAGAACACCAGAGGACGAAAAAUCUACCCGCCCGAAGACUCACCCCAAGGGUUUGGGAUACUGACCUCGAAAGAAAUACCAAAGAUAAGUGCCUUUCCAAUUUUCACAAGAUCGGGUGAAGUUAGUGUUGAUUUACAAUUGUGUUCACAAGUAAUUGUAACGGAGAAUCAAAUUCGCAAAAUUAGGGAAUUUUUAAAUUACACAUUUACGAGUGUUUUACGUUUACAAAAGUACCUAACCCUUUUCAAUCCCGACGCUUCGGCUAAUUCGUACUUAAUCGUGCCAACGAUCAAUGACUCAGCCGUCGAUUGGGAUUUCAUCGAUUUAAUCUACGCCAAUUUGACGGUACUCCCCGAGAUAAUCCCCGAAGAUGUCCGAAAGAGUUACGAGUUUGAUCCCGAAAAGUACCGAGACGCUGUUGUCAUGCCCUGGUACCGCAACCAAGACCAACCUCAGUAUUUCUACGUGGCGGAAAUUUGCUCGAAUUUAAAUCCGGCUUCGGAUUUUCCAGGUUCCGAUUAUGCCACUUUCGAGGAGUAUUACUUGAGGAAAUACAACAUACAGAUCCAGAAUAAAAACCAACACUUGCUUGAUGUUGACCAUACAUCAGCCAGGUUGAAUUUCCUCACCCCGAGGUAUGUUAACAGGAAGGGAGUGGCUUUACCGACGAGUAGCGAGGCCACAAAACGAGCAAAACGUGAAAAGUUGGAACAGAAACAAAUUUUAGUGCCCGAAUUGUGUGCUAUACACCCGUUUUCGGCCUCUUUGUGGCGAAAAGCCGUUUGUUUACCCUGUAUCUUGUACAGAAUUAACGCAUUGUUAUUGGCUGAUCAAAUCAGGCGAACUGUAGCGCUUGAGUUGAAUUUGGGCAAGAUCGAGCUUAAUUCUGAGUUCAAGUGGCCUCCGUUAAACUUUGGAUGGUCUUUAGCCGACGUUUUGAAGAAAUCUAAAGACGAGGAGAAGAAGAAACAGGAGAAAAUUGAACCCAUCAUUGAAGAAAUUCCACCCGAAAUUGAGAAAAUCGAAAGAUUUGACCAAGACGACGACGAGGAAGAAAUGAUCGAGAUUGGGACUUGGUCUAAUGACAUGGCUCAAUUGAACUGUGACCAAGAGUUUCCAGUUGUGAGGUAUGCCUCACCGACUAGUUGGUUGGAUCUCCAAAACACUUACGACGAUUCGUCCUUUUCGGACUCGGAUUAUUCCGGUGAUGAAUCCGAGUCCGAAUGGGGCGGCCUUCGUAUUGAAUUCACCGGUGAUAACGUAGCUGAAGCCGUCGAUGACGAAAAUAAAAAAGACGACGAUUUCGAACUUGUUGACUACUCGAAUGUCUGGAAAGUCGAUGAUGAGAGUGAAAUCACACAAACGUUACGAAAACAAUUCCACGAUGCUUGUGCCCGAAACAAAGCCCAUAUUCUCUCAUCGGGAAUUCUAAUUUCAAAGUCUGAACAAUUCCAGAAAUGUUCCGACUGUGAUAAUGCUACAACUAAAGAUUUGCAAGUUUCGAAUAGUUACGAUUUUGACUUUAGUAAAUUAUUUAUCGAGUUGGAUAAACACGAACCGUUAAAGAUUGAUUUAGGGCUUCAGAAUGCGAAAAACGAGUACGACAUAUCCGAAACUAUGAGUUUCAAAUUCGACGAACAACCGAAUUUGGUCGAACACCCGGGUCCAAGUCCAAACGUGUUAUUACAAGCAUUGACAAUGUCGAAUGCAAACGAUGGGAUUAACUUAGAGCGACUUGAAACAAUCGGUGACUCGUUUCUCAAAUACGCAAUAACGAAUUAUCUCUAUUCGAAGUAUGAAAAUAUCCAUGAGGGUAAAUUGAGUCACCUUAGGUCGAAACAAGUAAGUAAUCUUAAUUUGUACCGACUGGGUCGAAGAAAAGGUUUGGGGGAAUAUAUGAUUGCGACAAAAUUUGACCCUCAUGAUAAUUGGUUACCGCCGUGUUUUUACGUCCCGAAAGAACUUGAAGAGGCAUUGAUUGAUGCCCAAUUUCCGGCGAAUUGUUGGACGGUGGCAGACAUGGCCGCCACGAGAGAUAUGACUUUGGAUGAUAUUUGUUCAAUGGUCCGUCAAAGAGGCGAAAGUCUUUCACUUAGUAACAUAAUCCCUUACAAUUUAGUGACUCAACAUAGCAUACCUGAUAAGAGUAUAGCCGAUUGUGUUGAGGCUCUAAUCGGAGCUUAUUUAAUCGAAUGUGGGCCUCGUGGAGCUUUGCUUUUUAUGGCUUGGCUAGGAAUACAAGUUUUACCUCAAUUGGAAGAUGGGACUUAUGGGGAAAUUGAAUUACCAAAGUCGCCACUUUCGAAUCAUUUUACAUAUCCAAAGGAGGAGUUAGAUAUGCUUUUGGAUGGUUAUGAUCAGUUUGAAAGGCAUAUAGGAUAUAAGUUUCGGGAUAGAUCAUAUUUACUCCAAGCUUUAACUCAUGCUUCGUUCUCACCAAAUACCCUGACUGAUUGUUAUCAAAGACUUGAGUUUCUUGGUGAUGCUGUCCUUGAUUACUUAAUCACUCGACAUUUAUACGAAGACACUAGGAUGCAUUCACCGGGAGCUUUGACUGAUUUAAGAUCCGCCUUAGUAAACAAUACGAUUUUCGCAUCUUUGGCAGUUCGUAACGGCUUCCACCGCUACUUCCGUAACUUAUCCCCAAGUCUCAACGAAGUGGUCGAAAAAUUCGUCCGAUUGCAGGAAGAUAGUGGACAUGCUUUAGUCGACGAAUUAUAUCUUGUCGUUGAGACUGAAGAAGUUGAAGAUGUGGAAGUACCGAAAGCUUUGGGCGACGUGUUCGAAUCCGUCGCCGGUGCUAUUUUCCUCGAUUCGGGAAUGUCACUAGACGCCGUAUGGAAAGUUUACUACAACAUGAUGAAGAGCGAAAUCGAGCAGUUUAGUAACAAAGUCCCGAAAUCACCAAUCCGCGAACUUCUCGAACUCGAACCGGAAACGGCGAAAUUCGGAAAACCGGAAAAGCUCGCCGAUGGGAGACGCGUCCGCGUGACGGUGGAAGUCUUCGGGAAGGGAGUGUUCAAAGGCAUUGGGAGGAACUAUCGAAUUGCCAAAUGCACAGCUGCGAAAUGCGCGCUCAAAAAUUUGAAAAAACGAGGCUUGAUCAAAAAAAUCGACGAAAGUUAAGUGCCAUCGGUAAUUCGAACAAUUCUAGUCAUUAUUUUGCGUGUACCAAGGGUAAAUUUUUAGUGUGCAAAUAGGCCUUAAAAAUUUCCAGUAAUCUGUGAUGUAGUUGCACAAAAAUCGCAAUGGCAGCUGAGCUAUUUAUGCAUUUUAGUUGGUUGUGACGGGAGGGUUCGCAGAUUUAUCUUACGAUGUGCAUAUAACGAUCGUUUUAUCACUUAACCAUCGUUUUAUUACUAAGAAAUGUUUGUUCAAAAAUGUGAUAUAACUGCUCGUUGUGAUAGAAACGAAGAUAAAUUUUAGUUUCACUAUAUUGUAGAAUUUCUAUUAUUUUUCGUUCAUUUUGUAAAUACUGUGUUUUUGAUGUAAUACAGACUCUUCCUAAAGACAGUUCUUCUUAAUUUAAUCCCACGAACAAUCUGACAAUGCGUGUUUACGUGAUUUCCUGCGAUUUAGAUUAGGAAAAAUUCUUAUCUGAUAAAUAUCAACUUUGUUUGUUAAAAAAACCACAUUACCUCGGAUUUUUUUGAAUCAUCUUUAGC